AUGGGAACCUCUUAGUCCAAUUAGAAUGAUGACUUGAAUUAAGAAUUCAUUAAAGGUAUCCUGAUUCUGUACAGUAUUAGUAACUAAUAACAACAGAAUUUAGAAGAAUGGAACAUAUUGCUUUUAUGGAAUUUAUCAUUACUUCAAUGCUGUUGAUCGUAAAUGGAAAAAAGAACAGUUUAAAUAUAUAAUAGAAUUGACUCCAGCAGGAUAGUUAAAAUAUAUUCUUGAUGGUGAAAUUCUUAGAAUGUACCAAAAUUUUGUAGAUAUUUUUAGAGAGAGUAGAAUCGAUUAGAAUAAAAGCAUUAAGAUUUUAACCCAGUUAGAAUAAAUUAAAAGUCUUAAGUGGGUUGGAGAAUAUAACCAUUAGAAUUUGCCAGUUGGAAAGUGGAACAUGAUUUGGAGAGGAGAGAAAUAAAUUUUCGGAGGUUUUUAUAAUGAGAAUGGGAAGAAGGAUGGAAGAUGGGAAGAACCUUUCAAAGGCUAUUGGGGGUAAUCACAUUAAUAUGAUUUAUAUUAGACUUUGCUAAGUCUAUUUUGUUGGAACUUACAAUCAAGGUUUAAGACAAGGAAAGUGGAUGUAUUAACAGGAUGAUCAAAUAAUGUAAAUAUAAAUCAAUUUCUAAGAGGGGGAGGAUUAUACAAUUUGGAAGGUUAAAAAGAAGGAAUAUGGAUUGAAUUACAUGAAAAUUUUGAUAGGUAUUUAUUUUUAAAAGCGUAGAAAUAACUAAAUUUACAUUAAAGGAUUGUAUAGAAAUAAUGCUAAAAUUGGAAAUUGGUUUUAUGAAAUUAAAGAACAUUAUUCAGAAAAACUCCUAAAAUUGUAUUCAAUUCAGUUUUGUAAUAUAGUUUGGGUGGUUAAUAUUAAAGAUAUGGAAUAAAGCAUGGAAAAUGGUUUGAAUUAAGGCAAGAUUUUGACAAGUUUAAUUUUUAUCUUUCUUAGUGACUUGAAAUUUUUGGAUUUUGGAGAGUAUUACAAUGGAAAAAAGCAGGGAAUUUGGAAUUCAAUGUGGAUAAAUUAAAGAGAAACAUUUUAAAUUAUGUUUAAAUUUGUUAAUUUCUAGAGGGUGUGGAUUGUAUGAUGAAAAUGGAUUAGAAAAUGGAUAUUGGUUAUAAUUAAAUAGAAAAUAAAGAAAGUAACAUUUGUUAAUAAAUAUCUAGUUAGUGGUAUCAGAUUAAGGGUUGUGGGAAGUUUAUCCAUGGAAUUAAGGUUGGAACUUGGAAUACAUCCUUUGGUUGCUAGCUUGUGUAUAAUUUUGCUUUAAAAAAAGCGGAACAGGUGCAUAUAAUUAAGAAGGAAAAAAGUUUGGAAAGUGGAUUCAACUUUCCAAAAAUUUUUAGUUAGACAAAAUGAAUAUCAAAGAAGAUGCUUUAUAAGGAAAAUUAAUCACUUUCGUUGGAGAAUAUAUCGAUGGUAAAAAGUCAGGAAAUUGGUAAAUAAAAAAAGGAGAUGAGAUUAUGUAAUUAUUAAAUAAGAUCGAUUAAGUGGCGAGGGUUUAUACGCUAAUGAUGGUUUUAAGAUUGGUAAAUGGAUUGAAUUAUGCAAUUUUAGAUUGUAUCAUUACUUAUAAUUCAAUUAGAUCAUUUUUUGUAAUAUAAAUAGGAGAAUAUCAACACGGAAUUAAAUAAGGUAAAUGGGAAAUUCUGUUAAGAAAAAAAAAAGGAUUAGAAAAAAUGUAAUUGAUCUCUAAUAUUUAGUGGUGGAGGCUGGUACGACACUUAAGGUAUGAAGCAUGGAAAAUGGAUUUCUUUGCAUGAAAAUUAUAAUUAGUAUUAUAAACUAGAAUCCUAGUAAUUGUUAGGUUUUAGAUGCUGGGUCAUAUAAUCAUGGGAUUAAAUAAGGAAGAUGGGAUGUUAAAACAAUCUAAUUUUAUGAGCAUGAUGUCCUUACAUACUCUUUUUGGCCUAAAGAUAACUUUUAUAAAAUGUCAUAUUUAUAUAAUAGUCUAUUAGUGCAGGUGGUUAUUAUGAAAAUGGAGUAAAACUUGGAAAAUGGAUUGACUUAGAUGAAAAUUAUAAUUAUAAUAUGCAAAUAUUAUAUGAAGGAGAAUUUAACAAUGAUUUAAAGAAAGGAAAAUGGGAGAUGAUGAAACAUCAUAAUUCAUUCAUAAAGAAAAUGUAAUGUAACUUCACAUUAUUAGAGGCGGUGGUUAAUAUAAUUAAGAAGGAAUAAAAAAUCUAAAGUGGAUUGAAUUAAGUAAAAAUUAAAAACAGAAACUAAUACUUGUUGAUUACUAAAAUGGUAUCAAAAUAAGUAUUUAAUAAAUGGAGAAAGUCAUUUGA